UUAGACUUGAUCAUGUUAGAAUUCAAGUUAGGACUUGUUAUAAUGAUCACUCUCGCAAGCUGUAUAGCGCACAAAGGAUAUUCGUAUGUGCGUCCGAACAAGCAGCUAUCUUACGAUCGGAGAUACGGUUACGAGGAUCCGCGCGAUCAAUGGUCGAAUGGCUACGACGGGAUUCCCGGUGUAGCCGGGAAAGACUAUCCACUUUUCCACCAAGUUCCGUGGACGCGAUUUGUGUGCGAAUGGAAAUAUCCGGGCUAUUACGCCGACCCUGAGGCCGACUGCCAAGCGUACCACAUCUGCCAGCGCGGCGGCCGUAAGGAUUCGUUCCUUUGUCCGAACGGCACGUUAUUCAAUCAGGAGAGACUGGUCUGCACGUGGUGGUACACCGUGGAUUGCUCCCGCGCGCAAAGUUUCUACUCCAUUAACGAGGCGGUUGCAAAAGCAAUGGAGGAAGCUGAUAGACGCAUCCGAAUAGCCGCUGAAAACAAGCUAUUCUGGAGUUAUCGGCGUGAAUCUAACGUUGAGAACAGAUCCUGGGAUAAGAACUGGCAGAGUGAACGACGAGGGUGGAACAAAGACAGCACUUCAAUUCGUCAUAAUCAAGAUUUGGGUUUCUCUAAGCAGUUUCCCUAUGAAACACCUGUGACAUCGACGCGUCUUAAGUUCUCCGCUAAAUCCUCGCCGAAUACUCGUUACGGCAGUUUGCCGGAAUCGAAUUAUAAAAUCGGCAAGCAAGCGACUUCGCCGCACCGGCCAGUACAUUACUUGCCUGUGUGAUUUGUAACUACUAAUCGAACAACGUCACGUAUGCCAUUUAUAAUAUUGUUGACAUUUUAUACAAGCAUUAUUAAUAAACUGUCUUAUUAAAGUAAAUAAUGUAGCAUACAAUAUGAUCUCGAUUCUUCGCUAUUUUCGAAAGAAUUUGUAUUGUUAAUACAUUAGAUAUAUUCGACUGAAAUAUCUUGUUAAAGGAGCGUUGUUCGUUCAUCACUUUUUAAGUUUAACAAAAGAUAGAAUUAUCUCGAAAAUUACGUUUUAAUACAUAAAGAAAUUAUUAUAAAAUCUAAGGAAAAUGAGAGAAGAGAGUAACUACAGAACCACAAAACUUUAGCAAUAUACACUUUGAAGUUUCUAAUUUCCUUAGUAUUCUGUUACCCUAGUUAACAGAGUUAGAACAGACGCGAACGUUACUAAGUCAUGAUACUUGUUUCAUGUAAUUAAUCGUGCAAAACGUAAUAACGUUUUAAAAUAAUUGCGACUGAUUGUGGAAACAAAAAUUUAAUUACAAAUCGUCUAAAGUUGAAUAAGUUCUUUAUUGAACAAACUG